CACCCACUCUCUCUUUGUUCUUGCAACAGAGCAGAUGUUGUGAGAAGGAAGAAUGUUACAGUGGAUUUGAUCCACCCCCCUCCCCAUGGGUGGUGACAGCAGUGAAUCUGGAGCCCAUCUCCUCCUCUUACUGAGCUUCGUAAUGAGAAUUCACCUCGUAAUCACUGGGCUGUUUCUCAACACUUGAGUCAUUUUAAACUGAAUAAGGAUUUCAGCCAGGGAGUUCAUCAUUUUGUUUCCAGAUGUGUGUGUGUGUGUGUUGCUGUAGUUCCCUGCAUGAUGAUGGGUAAAAUAAAGGCGACGUCCAGAUCCUUUCUCACACAGAGAGGAAGAAACCUUGCUGAUUUCUAUAUACAGUAAAACAAGCUGUGAGACAGUGAUGAUCGGGCUGCAGUGUCUCUGUGUUUCACAUCAUGUUUGUGGAAGGAGGGAUGCACUUUCCAGCGUCACGUCCCUUUGAGAGAUGGGUGGAGUUUGCUCUGUUGUAACAGUGAUUGAAGACGAUGGCUAGAAGAGUGUGGAGCUGCUUCUCCAGCAUCUCCACUGCUGUUCUCUAUGGCUCCCUCUCUCUGUUCGUUUCCAUUCUGCACAACGUUUUCCUGCUUUACUACGUGGACACCUUCGUGUCCGUCUACAAGAUUGAUAAAGUCUCCUUCUGGGUUGGGGAGACAGUGUUUCUCAUAUGGAACAGCUUGAACGACCCUCUCUUUGGCUGGAUCAGUGAUCGCGCCUUCCUCGGCUCACAGCACGCAGGGGUUCGGAUCUCAAACCCACAGGUGGUUCUGAAGAGGCUGCAGGCUCUGUCACGGACUGGCCCCCUGUUUGCACUCUCCUUCCUGGCGUUCUGGGUGUCCUGGGCCAGGCCUGGGUUUCAGUUCCUCGUCUGCCUGUGUCUCUACGAUGGCUUCCUCACUGUGGUGGACCUCAACCACAAUGCCUUGCUGGCGGACCUGGCCGUGUCGGCCAGCGAGAGGACUCGGCUGAACUUCCAGUGCUCGCUGUUCAGCGCCCUGGGCUCCCUGUCCGUCUUCAUGUCCUACUCCUUCUGGGACAAGGAGGACUUCUUCUCCUUCAGAAUGUUCUGUGUGGCGCUGGCUGCCCUCUCCAUCCUGGGCUUUAGCGUGGCCUGCUGGCUCCUGCGGCAGAGGUUUCAAGGCAGAGCCAGGCGAGACGAGGAGGAGGACUCUGUCCUGAAAGAGCUGUGUGUUGGACAGGCCCCUCUUGCUCAGGAGAAGGAGCUGACUCUGGGGCAGUACCUGAAGCAGCUCUCCAAACACACAAACUUCCUCUGGUUUGCCUCCAUGAACCUUGUCCAGGUGUUUCACUGCCACUUCAAUAGCAAUUUCUUCCCACUGUUCCUGGAGCAUCUCCUUUCGGACCGAAUCUCAGCCUCCACAGGAUCCUUUCUGCUCGGAUUCUCUUACAUCGCCCCCCACCUGAAUAACCUCUACUUCCUGUCCCUGUGUGGCCGCUAUGGGGUCUACACUGUGGUUCGCUGGCUGUUCUUUCUCAAACUCAUCCUCAGUGUCAUCAUGCUGCUGGCAGGACCAGACCAGAUCUACUUGCUGUGUAUAUUUAUAGCCAGUAAUCGUGUGUUCACUGAGGGGACCUGCAAGCUCUUGAACCUGGUGAUCAGUGACCUGGUUGAUGAGGAUCUUGUGAUGAACCGUCGGCAGCAGGCAGCCUCCGCGCUGCUGUUUGGCAUGGUCGCCUUGGUAACCAAGCCGGGACAGACCUUUGCACCGCUCAUCGGGACCUGGCUGCUGUGUGUGUACACAGGAUAUGACAUUUUCCAGCGAGACCCUUUGCAGGAAGUGGUCCGCACCCAGGAGCUGUGGAACCCUGCCUGGUUCAGCACUCUGCGACAGGGCUGCUUCCACCUGCUGAUCUUCAUUCCCAUCACCUGUGCCGUCCUGCAGCUGCUGGCCUGGUCCCAGUUCUCACUGCACGGCAAGCGCCUGCAGAGCAUAAAGCUACAGAGGCAGAGUGCUUCACAGGAACUUCCCAUCGAUGUGAAAGAUAUCUGAUCAAAACUUUAAACCACUGCCAAAGCUGGAGGGGCACCGCUCGUGCGUGUGUGCGUGUAAACCAAACCUGCCUUAUUUUGAUAGAAUAAACACUCCAUUCCAGUUCAAUUUAAAUAUGGACCACAGACUAUGGACCAAAAAAUGGUGUUACUCAAGCUUGGAUGUUUUUAAGGUGUAAAAAGAGCAUGUAUUUGUCCAUGUCUCUGUCUGGAUUGUGCUGUCCGAGUGCAAGUCAGUUGAGCAGCACCACCUCUUUGAUUGAACGGCUGUUACACCCCGUCCACGUCGUGUAAGUUACAGCCGUUUGAGAAUACAUGCAAUUACAUUAGUGUGCCAAAACUAACUUUCUAGAUUUUUAAAAAUGAUAUUUUUUUUACGCAUUUUUAAAAUGAUCUGUAGAUCAUAGAACAAGAGCACACACAUCUGUAAACCAGUGUAUGAAACAUGACCGUUUGUGUAUAUAGAUAGAUAGAUAGAUCGAUCUCGCUGUCUAUCUCUCUACACACCUGUUUGUUAUGUUAACAAACUUACCCUAAAACCUUGAAGAAAUGAUUCAGUGCUACAGGGCUGAGUGUGUCAGACAGGUAACCUGCAGCCUUGUUCGUUUUAUAGUUUUACUUUAAAAAAAUGUAUUUUAACCCUUAACCCUUUUAUUUAUUUUAAAUUAAUGAAUAAGGGAUUUAUGUGGAUUCAGUUUGGUUGCUUUUGUAUCUCACACAACCUGAUGAUGUCUGGAUAAACAUGUUUGUAUAACAUUUUAUUACAUUCAUAUUAAAAAGGGUAAAAAAACCCAAACAUUAUUUGAAACCA